AUGCCUAAAUGCAAUGCAAGAGAUGACUGGUUUUUUAAAGAUGAUAUGCAAGGAAACAAAGUAUCAGAUUGGGGCAGAAAAACUGAUUGUUCUAGUGAAAUAUUUUGUUCUAUUUGUAUAUGUACUGUUGAUGUUAAAAAAGGUUUUCAAAGUCUGACUCAACAUGCAGCUACCAAAAAACACAAACAAAACGCCCACAUAAAGCUUAAUAUUAAACAACUAAAAUUAACUACAAGUACAAAUACUACAAUUGAAAACAAUUCUCGGAUUGAAGAUACAUUAGUUGAAAAAAGCAGUAAGUCAACUACAUUUUCCACUGUUCAUCUUUAUAGUAUAAGUGAUCAAUCAGUAGUAGCAGAACUGAUUUGGGCAUUAAAAGUUGUAUCUAGUAAUUACUCAUUUGCUUCAAGUGAUGGAAUUGUGGAAGUGUUUAAGACAAUGUUCCCUAAUGCUAUACCCAAAGGUUUCAGUAUGAGUCGCUCAAAAUUGACCUAUCUGAUAACUGAUGCCCUUGGACCAUAUUUUCGUGAAGAAUUGAUUAAGGAUAUUGCCAAUGAGUAUUUUAGUAUUAUCUUUGAUGAAACAACAAACUCAGGUGGGAACAAAGAACUCCAAGUGUUAAUUCGUUACUAUUCUACAAGUAAAUGUAAGAUUAUAACUCAACACUUACAGACAGUGUUCAUAGGAAAAGCUACUGCUGAUAUCUUGAGUGAAAAAAUUGUUAGUGCUGUGGAAAAUUCAAAUUUAUCAUUAAGUAAAUUGUUGAUGCUUGGAUCUGAUGGUCCAAAUGUCAAUAAGAAAGUUGCUCGUCUUAUAAAUGAUCAAAUUUUACAUUGUAGAUCAAAAAAUCUAAUCAACAUUGGGACAUGUUCUAUACAUACCAUACAUAAUGCCUUUCUAAAAGGUAUUGAUAAAUUUGGUGAAAAUGCUGAACAACUAAUAAUUUCAAUAUACUACUAUUUUAAAGGUUGGCCAACCCGCUGGGAAGAAUUUGAAACCAUUUUAGACAAGUUAAAACUUCCAAUUAGGCGCUUUAUUAAGCAUGUUCCUUCUAGGUGGCUGACAUUACAUGACUGCUAA